AUGUCUCUUAGAUUCGCAGUAAGGCGACUAUAUUCUACCUAUAAUACAGGCUUACCACCUGCAUUAACAAUUCCUGAUUUGCUAAGAAAAUAUCAGCAGCAUGUACCGAUUACCAUGAUUACAGCUCAUGAUUAUAUUACGGCUAAAUGGGCCCAAGAUGCAAAUAUUGAUAUUAUAUUAAUUGGAGAUUCUUUAAAUAUGACAGCUUUAGGUCAAUCAUCCACAACUUCACUGACAAUGUCACAGAUGCAACAUCAUUUGAAAUCAGUUACAAACAGUGAAGGAUCAUCGUUAUUUAUAUGUGAUAUGCCUCAGGGAAGUUACGAAGUUUCAAUGAGAGAUGCACUUGAUAACGCAUACAAGUUGAUCAAAUCGAGUCCAAAAGUUGCAAGUUUAAAGUUAGAAUGUGGGCCUGUAGAGAAAGAUGUACACUCACAUAAAGUGGUUGAGGCACUUUGUUCCAGAGGUAUUCCAAUAAUGGGUCACAUCGGUUUAACCCCUCAGAGAGCACAUGCUAUGGGUGGCUUUAAAGUUCAAAGUAAUACAGAAAAAGAUGCAUAUCAGUUAUUGGACACAGCUAAGAACCUUGAAAAGGUUGGGUGUUGGUCCUUAUUAUUAGAAUGUGUUCCAGAACGUAUUGGUGAAUGGUUAUCAAAUCAAGUAAGCAUACCAAUAAUUGGUAUUGGUGCUGGAAGAGCAGUUGAUGGGCAAGUUUUGGUGGUAUCAGACGCCCUUGGAAUGCUUCCGGGUGAUCCACCCAAAUUUGUCCAACGCUAUGCUCAAGUUGGUGAUUUGGCCACUCGUGCUCUUAAGGAGUAUGCAGAAGAUGUAAGGACAAGAAGCUUCCCACAAGAUCAAAACGUAUUUAAAAUUAAAAAAGACGUUUGGAACGCAUUAAAAAAUAAUGACACACAUAACAGUAAUUAA